GAAGAAUAAGCAGGAAGCAAACAGCUGUUUCUGCACGUUGACACGUUUUGACUACUUUUUCAACGUUUUGACUACUUUUUCAACUCUUUCAGUGUUUGGUGGAUUUAUUAAUUUAUGCAACAUGUCGGAGGAUCUGCGGGCAGAACUGCAGAAACAUUUGGAAGCUUUAAACAUUCAGACGAGCUGCGUGGAUCAUCCACCGGUGUAUACAGUGGAGGAGAUGAUGCCGCACCUUCAGGACGUUGAUGGCGUGGUCACCAAGAAUCUUUUCCUGAAGGACAAGAAGAAGAAAAGUUUGUGGCUGGUGUCUGCACGCCAUGACCGCCAGGUCAACCUCAACGACCUGGCCAAGAAGCUUGGCGUGGGCAGUGGAAACCUUCGCUUCGCAGACGAGGCCACCAUGUUGGACAAACUCAAGGUAGGUCAGGGCUGUGCCACAGCUCUGGCUCUGCUCUUCGACAAGGACCAGAGCGUCAGGCUGGUCCUGGACCAGGACCUGCUGGAAGGAGGACACCCCAUGGUAUUCUUCCACCCCAUGACCAACAGCGCCACCAUGGGGCUGCGGCCGCAAGACCUGCUGCGCUUCCUCAAGGAGACGGGUCACGACCCUGUCCUGGAGAACUUUGAGUAGCGGGAAAAGGAGGAGACGUUUCUGCUCCUGGUUCUGGUUCUGGUUCUGGUUCUGGUUCUGGUUCGGGACACGGAGCAGGAGCAGCAUAAAAGUCCACAAACAAGCUGACAACAGGACAGAAAACAUUUCACUUUUAGCAGUUUUGUUUCAGCUUUUUACUGGAAUAAUUCAUACAUCGUAUGAUAAAACACUUUAUUUUACUCUUUAGAAUGACACACUUUUAAAAACAAAAGUCUUUUUCUGUUGCGUCUGACCAGUCUUCCUCUUCAGGGAAUUAAAGUCAGUGGUCAAUCCCAAGUUCUUUUAGAUGACAUAUAUGUUGAGUAAGAAGGACCAUCAAGACAGAAUAGGAAUAUUAUCAAGUUUUACUAAAGCUUUAGGAGACCAGUCCUACAGUCCGUUAAUAGCGGCAUCUAGAAGCGGUCUGAAAGCCAAACGGAAAGAGACAACUUAUUGAAUACGAAAACAGCCCCCACCCUGCCCGGAAAGGAAUGCAGCCUCAUUGUUCUAAUACUGAUAAGGUAAAAAGGGAGUAUGCUAUACUCCCACAUUCCAACCCCUUCAAGGUAAAGCACAGAGUUUACUUGCGGACAUAAGAUACAAGCAAAAAGAGUACUCAUGGGAAAAUAUUAGCUGCUUUAAACAUGACUAUGAAUAAAGAAAGAACUCUUAAAAAUA